AAGCAAGGAAAGGGGAGAGGGAAGAGCUUGAGUGUGAUUUACGCCAAAAGGGUCGUCCUUAUUCUAUUCCCCUCUUAAGACGCCCCUCCUUCCCCUUCAACAUCCCUGUUACUAUAAAAUAAAAAAAAAGCCACAAUUUCCCUCCCAUAUGCCCACCUCUCUGUCUGAUAACAAUUAGUAUAACUUUUCCUUUCCUUUUAUAUCCUGAUUUCUUUCCCCUUUUAUUUUCCUUCUUGUUCUUGUUCCCCUUGUUGAUAUUCUCUGUUGCUUUGAGGGAAUAUAAGAAGUUAAAGGUGGAUGCUUGAAUCGUAUGCUUAUUUGGGCGUUUGAAGACUCCCUCUUUUUCGUUUUGUUUUGAGCCAAGUGUUGUUGUUAAGCUACUUCAGGGCUUCUUGGUUUUCUGCUCCUUUUUGUAUUUUUUUUCUUCUUUUGGAGAUGGAGAAGCUUAAUUUUGUAAAGAAUGGUCUGCUUAGAUUGCCUCCUGGGUUCCGGUUCCAUCCUACUGACGAAGAGUUAGUGGUUCAGUACUUAAGAAGAAAGGUGCUUGCUUGGCCGUUACCCGCCUCUAUCAUUCCUGAAUUUGAUGUUUGCAAAGCUGAUCCUUGGGAAUUGCCAGGUGAUUUGGAGCAAGAAAGGUACUUUUUCAGCUCUAGAGAAGCCAAGUAUCCCAACGGGAAUAGAUCCAACAGAGCCACAAUUUCAGGUUAUUGGAAAGCAACUGGAAUUGACAAACAAAUUGUAACUUGUAGGAGCAACCAAGUGGUGGGUAUGAAGAAAACUCUGGUUUUUUAUAGAGGAAAGCCCCCGCAGGGAUCUAGGACCGAUUGGGUCAUGCAUGAAUAUCGCCUUGUUAGCGCUGAGGCAUCAGCUUGCAAUGCCCCGCAUAAGAAGAACCAAUCUCAGAGCCAUGUGGCGCCAAUGGAAAAUUGGGUGCUGUGCCGCAUAUUUUUGAAGAAAAGAAGUAGUACUACUAAAAACGAUGAUGACAGCAAGCAACCUUGCAACGGGAACGGAGUUCGUAAACUAAGGACAUGCAGACCUGUUUUCUAUGAUUUCCUGACCAGCAAGGACAUGACUGACUUAAAUCUUGCCCCUUCUUCCUCGUCCUCUGGCUCCAGUGGGAUCACACAAGUUUCCAAUAAUGACACUGAUGACCACGAAGAAAGCGUUGGUUGCAGUAGUUUUCCUUAUUUCAGAAGAGAACCUUAAAAACACACUUCACGCUUUUCUUUUCGAGCCUGUAUCAAUAGUUGGCGUUCUGAUUAGCCAAUCACAAUAACCUCUUUUAAAGAGAAAGAAAUCUAGUGUUUGGUAAUUUAAUCUCCUUUGUCUAGUGAUUAUUGUUGGGUUGGGCUUCAUGUUCAAACAUGAUUAAAAACUCCAUGGAAAUAAAUUAAACUAAACGAGAAGAUAAUCGAUCACA